AUGAGGGUCCUCCACCUGCUGCUGCUGGCCCUCGGCCUGCUCCUCUCCCAGCUGGGCCCAGGUGCCUGCCAUCUGACGAUUCUCGGCCAGCGGACUGACAGCUACAUAUGUGCCAGGAAAGGGGGGACCUGCAACCUGUCGCCCUGCCCACUCUACAACAGGAUUGAAGGCACCUGCUACAAGGGCAAAGCCAAGUGCUGCAUCCGUUGA